AAAGUGCAAGUUACCUCAUCAAAGGAUAUCACAAGGCUAAUUACUGGACAAAAUAUUCCAGACAUUGUGGACUUUGAUUCGGACUUCUUGACUUUAUGUCAACGUGAAGAGGCUAACAAUGGGAAGGAUCAAAUUGGUGAAGAAGAGGUGUCAACACCUGUGAAGUCUCUCAAAGGUAAAGAGAAGGUCGGCGAGACUUCAAAUGCAAAGAAAAAUCUAAUGGACUCACUUGAAGAUGAAGGAGGAUUUGCUGCUCAGUCAACCACUGCAGACAAGGGGAAAGCAAAGGUGACCGAGCAAGAUGAUGAAAUGAAAGACAACUUCGCAAAAGAAUUUAGUGGC